AUGACCGCAGGCUUCGGCUGUCUCGGCGAGAUCAACCUCAACAGCGAAUCCGAAGACUAUGAUCAGUGGGGUAUCGAGAUCUCCGUCUCGUUCAGAAAGCAAGAAGCACUCAGUUUGCUGACGGCAACGCGGCAAUCCGGUGGCGAACGAUCGUUGUCGACCAUUCUCUACCUGAUGAGCCUCACAGAACUCGCCAAAGCGCCGUUUUCCCUGGUAGACGAGAUUAACCAGGGUAUGGAUCAGCGAGCCGAGCGCAGAGUUCACAACCAGCUCGUCGCUGUGACAUGCACGCAAGACGCUGGCCAGUACUUCCUCAUCACGCCAAAGCUUUUACCCAAUCUAGAAUAUCACCAAAUGAUGAAGAUCCUCUGCGUUCAUUCUGGCGACUGGCUACCGUCCAGGUUUAACGCGAUGGAGAUCCUCACGAGACGACUGCAGGCUGUCGCACAUGCUCGAUGA